GCGCGGCGCGGCGGCGCAGUUUCCGCAGUAGAGCAGGCAGCUCCGCCGCUGCGUCCAGACGUCUCCUGCUGGGCCGACGCUCCGGUCCUCGCUCAGUGCUCGGCCUCCGCUGGCGACCGGCGACCUCUCCGCAGCUCGAGUCCCCGGCCGCCGCAGCGCGCCUGCCUCCAGCCCCCUGUCCCGCGAAGAUGGCUGCCGUACGCCGGGCCCGCAGUUACUGCCGCUGCCUGGUGCGCUUCUCCGACCGAGAACUCUGCUAAGCCGCGCUGCAGCAGACGGGCAGGAGUAGACACCGGGCAGCCGCCACCCCUCCGGGAGCCGGGCGCGGGGAGCCCCUAGACUGGGCCGGCCGCCCGCCAGCAUGGCAGAAGCGGAAGAAGAUUGUCAUUCUGAUGCUGUCAGAGUAGGCGAUGAAGGAAAUGAGAGUCCAGCUGAGAGAGACCUGCAGGCGCAGCUCCAGAUGUUCAGAGCUCAGUGGAUGUUUGAACUUACCCCAGGUGUAGGUUCCAGUAAUGUAGAAACUCGGCCUUGCAGAGCAGGAAGAAGCUCUAUACUGAAAGCAGCUGCAGACACCAAAGGAAGACAGGAACUGGCAAAGGAAGAAAAGGCUCGAGAACUCUUCCUGAAGGCAGUGGAGGAAGAACAAAAUGGAGCUCUCUAUGAAGCCAUCAAGUUCUACCGCAGGGCUAUGCAGCUAGUACCUGACAUUGAGUUCAAGAUCACUUAUGCCCGGUCUCCAGAUGGCGACGGCGUCGGGAGCAGCUACAUUGAAGAUAACGAGGACGCCAGCAAGAUGGCCGAUCUCCUGUCGUACUUCCAGCAGCAGCUCACGUUGCAGGAGUCUGUGCUCAAACUCUGUCAGCCUGAGCUUGAGACCAGCCAGACUCACAUAUCAGUUCUGCCUAUGGAGGUGCUGAUGUACAUCUUCCGGUGGGUGGUGUCAAGUGACUUGGACCUCAGAUCAUUAGAGCAGCUAUCACUGGUGUGCAGAGGAUUCUAUAUCUGUGCCAGAGACCCUGAAAUAUGGCGUCUGGCUUGCUUGAAGGUGUGGGGCAGAAGCUGUAUGAAACUUGUCGCAUACCCAUCCUGGAGAGAGAUGUUUUUAGAGCGGCCCCGUGUUCGGUUUGAUGGAGUGUACAUCAGUAAAACCACAUAUAUUCGCCAGGGAGAGCAGUCUCUUGAUGGUUUCUAUAGAGCUUGGCACCAAGUGGAAUAUUACAGAUACAUAAGAUUCUUUCCUGAUGGCCAUGUGAUGAUGUUGACGACCCCUGAGGAACCUCCAUCCAUUGUCCCCCGUUUAAGAACCAGGAACACCAGAACGGAUGCAAUUCUGCUGGGUCAUUACCGCUUGUCACAAGAUGCAGACAAUCAGACCAAAGUGUUUGCUGUGAUAACUAAGAAAAAAGAAGAAAAGCCACUUGACCAUAAAUAUAGGUAUUUUCGUCGUGUUCCUGUCCAAGAGGCAGAUCACAGCUUCCAUGUGGGACUGCAACUGUGCUCCAGUGGCCACCAGAGGUUCAACAAACUCAUCUGGAUCCACCACUCUUGUCACAUCACUUACAGAUCAACUGGUGAGACUGCAGUGAGUGCUUUUGAGAUUGACAAGAUGUACACCCCCUUGUUCUUCGCCAGAGUGAGGAGUUACACUGCGUUCUCAGAAAGGCCUCUGUAGAGCCUCACCAGCAUGUCACAACUGCAUGAGCAGAAGCAUAGCGCGCCAGCAUACCUAAGUUAUAUGUAAAUAUACAUACGUGUGUGUGUGUGUAUAUAUAUAUAUAUAUAUAUACACAUGCAUAUAUACAUACAUGGAGUUGGAACUUACUUUAAGUUGUUGGAAUUCCUUUAAGAAGAGUAUAAAUUAUUUUUUUUAUUUAAAAGGAUAGGUGAUUUCUGGGGUACUUUGUUUUGAAAUUAGAAGUUGUUAAGAACACUUUUGUUGUAAUAAAUCAUAAUGUAGAGUUUAAAUCAUGUUUUCAAGCAGGUUUCUGAGCAGCUCUGUCACGUACACUGCCUUGUGCCUAAGCAUCCUCAGACACACGUCAGGAGCACACUGGAUAGUAUUUAUUCCCGCAUGACUUAGUGUCUUUGCAUCAGACUCAAAAUGUGAAACCUGUUCUGGAUUUGUUUGAAACUGUUCAAUAAAGAUCAUAAAUAAAUGUUUCUUUCAAGGAAAUA